AUGAGUAAUACAAGACAACAAUCAGUACUUGUACUUGGUGGAGGUGGAUACAUUGGACAGGAGGUGGCCAUUGCCUUUGUUCAUGCUGGAUACAAGGUUUAUGCACUUGUUCGAUCAAACAAGAAAGACGACAUUCUGCUAAGGAAUGAGAUCACACCUGUACAUGCCAAGGAUGUGUUGGACUUUGCCGCUUGGGAGGAGUUGGGCAAUGAUGUUGAUGUGAUUGUGGAGGCAGUGGAGUUUGGACCAGAUACUGUCACUUUGGUAUUCGAUCAAUUAAAGCGUCUACAUGAUCGACGAAGUUCUGGCAAUGGUGGACGUCCACUAACAAUCAUAUAUACAUCUGGAACAUGGGUCUAUGGUCAAAUGGAUGAUCCUCAACAUCAUGUCAUCACAGAGGACACUGGAUAUGACAGAUGUGCUCCACUCGAGUACAUGCGACGUGAUAUUGAGUGCAAGUACCGAACGAUCAAUGCUAUUAUAAUUGAAGCCACAUUGGUAUAUGGUAGCGCUGGAUCAUUAUCGGCAGACUACUUCCAAGCUGUGACCAGUGGCACAUUCGCCUUGUUCAUCACAGAGCAACAACAACUUACAUUUGUUCAUGUGUAUGACUUGGCCCAGAUAUAUGUGUUGGCGGCCCAACACAAUGAUGUUGCAUGUGGACAGACAUUCAUAUGUGGCGCAUACCACCAUCGCGUAGUCGAUGUUAUUGAAGCCAUUGCCAAAGCUGCUGGCGUGCCAAUGAAACCGAUCAACUAUCUUCCACCUGCCUCUGACGAUCUAUUCCAACAAUGUCUGGUUAUCUCCCAAUGCGUCUCCUCAAGCAAGGCCGAGCGUAUGUUAGGUUGGCGACCAGUCCAGCCCAGUAUCAUCCAGGAUGCCCCUCGCUACUUACAGACCUGGCGACACUUCCAGUAA